AUGAUCGAGGGCAAGACCCCAGACCAGCGAACACCACCAUCUGAGGAGAUGUCAACUACUACCCAAAACCAGUCACCGAUCACGAAAAACGAGACCCAUAACGGUGCGGAGGACAGCGUGGGCGUAAAGCGGGAGCUUGAUGGGAGGGAGGCAGAAGGUGCGAAACCAACUAAGAGGCCCAAAGUGGAAGAAAAAGAAACUGGAGAGCAGCAGAGCGUCUAUAAGUCUGGCACCAUCGAGCGUGGGCACAUCUACUUCUUCUACCGUCCGAAAGUCCAGCUAGAGGAGGCGCACUCUAUCGACGACGUGAAGAAUUUCCAUAUGCUGUUAAUUCCCUGGCCUCCCGCGUUCUCCAUUACUGAGGAAAACGCCAGUUCUUCCAACAACGUCAACAAAACGGACCCCUCGCUUUCGGAGGAAGCGGAAAUGAAAGUACUAGCACCAGGAGCUGAUGCCGUACCUGCUCCAGUCACCCAGAGCACUACAAAGCAACAUUAUCGAUUCAUCACUGUAGGGAAGAAGAAGCUCCCUGAUCCCGAGGGCCAUGGGAGUGGGAGCCGUCGGAAGGAGAUAUUCUGGGCGACUGUAACAGCCGUCGGCGAUGACCUUGGCUCAUUGGAGAAGGGUCUCGGGGAAAAGACUUAUGACACGAAGACGCGAGGGACAAGACACGAAGCCCCGUCCAGACUGGUCGCUCGAGGUGCAUAUGCCAUCGUAAACACAGAUGCCAAGAUGAUGUCAAAACGCGAAACACACCUGGGAUAUCACAUUUCCCAUCCUAAAUCAUCCGAGAUGGUGGACGUACAGAGUUCAUUGGGGAUCUACAGCGCGUCAUCGUUUGUGUUGCAAGUGAAGAACCCACAUGCACCAACGACAGGUCCUCGGCAGGUUCGGACGAAGGGAGCUGAUUACCCCGCAUGGAUCAUGCGAGAUGUUUUCGGCGCGGCUGCUGGGAAAGGCCAGAAAGAACGUCGGGGACGAGAGCCAUAUGGGCUUAGGUUUGCCAGCUGUGAGACACCCGAGUUGUUGGAGUAUGAGGGCGCCCAGUUGUUGCUUAUCGCAGCAAGAGAGGGCGAACAAGGAUUGGAGGACAGCUUGGCCGAGGGCAGGGGAGUUGCGCUUACAAAGCUGGAGGAGGAGGAAAGUCACGAAACAGUCAAGCAGAUCUUGCAAGAGCUUUCGGUAGACCUGGAAGUGUUUCCCUCUGAGCCUUUGAAGGGAGAAUGGAUUUAA